AUCUGCCGUCCAAGGUUUCAUUUUUGUCAGCUGUGCAAUAAUUCUCGGGGAGCGGUCUCUGGCAGGACUAGGAAUGAGAGACAACUCAGGUUACCAGAGCUUCUCAACGAAUUGCAAAAUGGUGCUCCGCUCAGGCCGUGAGAAGCCAUACAGAGUGCCGACCUGUGGAAGGCAAAGAGUGAGAAGGAGAUUUCCGGUGAGCGCCAGAUCAGCAGCUGCUGAAAACUCAGAGCUUCAACUGCGGAGAACACUGAGGUGCUAUAUACAGACUGAAGAUUCAAAAACUGUGCAUUUCAACUUAGAUGAAUGUGGUCGUCAUGAAAUAUCAACCAUGGAUUCACAACACCCUGCAGAUACAGCAUGGUUAAGCCUGUUCACAAGCAAGGAGCCAGCAGUUAGAGGAAAACCAAACUCUAAAAACGUGGUGGUCCUCAUGCAGCGAUUAAAGUGUAAUGAAUUUGUGCUGUUGAGCAAGGGUGAAAAUCAACUCUGCCUGAAGGUUUUAAAGGGAUGCUGUUCCGAGCCAGAUCACACUUCAGUGGAAAAAAGCAACAGGAAAACGUGCAAGAAGAGAGGUCUUGACUUCAAAAAGCUGAAGGAAGAUAAUCACUUUUUCAUCAUGCAUUCUGAAGGAGAUUCGGUGAAGUUCCAGUGCUAUGAAGACACAAAUUACUUUCUGCACGUGAAUGAUCACUCACUUGACAUACGCAAGCUGGAUCAUGAUGACCCUGACGGGGAGAGAAACUUUGUCUUCAAGAAAUCUAACAAACAGAAGAGUUACCUACAUUAACUGUGCCUAAAAAUCUGUCUGCUGAGAAAAAGGACAUCUUAAACUGGCUGGAUCUGACCCCAAGCCAUUUCUUCACAGCAAAGUACAUUCUCAAAUAAGGGCAAACCAUGGUUUAAAGAAGUCACAAAGCUUCCAUCUGGCAAUGCCAUGAGUUUAACAGCAUCAUUCAAAGUUAACUUUGAAACUGGAUUUCAAAGGACAGGAAUUUACCUCGAGCUAUUGAAAGUUACUCACUAGCAAUGUAACAUCUAUGGGAAUCAAAGGGAUCAGAUGAGUUUUAAAGCCUGGCUUGUGUAAAAUAGACAUCUAGUUUCUAGUUGUUUAGUCCAGGACAUUACUCCCUAUGCUUUCUCUUAAGUCAUGCAAAGAGUAUCAAAACUCACAAACAUAACGCUCAACAGAAGACAGGAGUUCAAACACAGAAACAUUCUAUAACCCUUGUCCUUUCUUGCCUGUAAUUCCCUUCUUUUUUAUCAGUUGCAUUCUUUCGUCAUCUUGCACCUAAAAUAGUAGUCUAAACAAAAUAUGUUUGAGUAAUGUCUCAAUGAGAACCCAGUUCUGACCACAGACUAAACUACUAAAUAAAUAUGAAGAGCUACUUCAUGUUUUCACAACUCUGAUAAUAUUUUCUAGAAACAAGGAUGAAGUAAGCUGUCGAGAAACAAUUCUUCUACUGCCAGCACAGGGUUAGUGCAGGAGUGUUUUGAUGGCAGCUCUGUAGUAUUAGUGCUAAUGAGCAGGACUACUGUUUGUCUAGAAAGCUGCCAGUGCCAGAAUCCAUGGAUAUAUUAGUGUAAUUCCAUUGUUACACCCAAUAAUACCACAGUGGGAUGUGCAGUUAGUAAACAAAAGAAAUCACUGGCUGUGCACCAAGGUGUUCAUAAAUAAAGGGCUAAUAUUAAAAUAACCUUAUUAUGAAGGAAAAAGUUAUCAUGCAAGCUACCCAUCUGUAGAUGAAGGCUGUUUAUUGAGUGAGAGAUUCUAACAUGAGCUCUGACCUCAUACACAACAGUGCUGUGCUUUUUAGUGAGUUCCUGGCUCCCUGAAAGAUACAUCUCAGUACUUCUGUGUGGUUAUGACACCAAGCGUCAUUGCCCAGCGUUAGGGCUGCUUCUUUCAUCUAUAUAGCAUGUAUGUAGAAAAUACAAAUGUUACUAAGGUAAUCUAUGUUAUAAUUGGAGUUGUAAUGAGCUCCACUGACCUUAAUAGAAGAACAACCCCAAACCCUCCUCCUUCUGUUCUGGAAUCUUAAAGCUUAGCUGCAUUUAAAGGUAACAAGUACAGCUGUACAGCUGAACACAGUAGUACCACUGACAUUGGUUUACUUAGGUUUGAAUGUUGAACACUGCUGCUUUUCAUGUUACUUACACUUUGGCCUAAAUAACUAAAAUGAAUAACACAUUUUUAAAAGACAUUUGCAAUAGUAAAGUGCUACGGGUGGAAUGUCAGGAUUGGGAGUUGGAACUAAGAAGAAAUAACUCAGAGGUUUUUGAUUUGGAACCUAGUAAUACUGGCAGAGGUAGACUUGAGAAAGCCAUAAAUGCUACUCUGAAUUAUGAUGUCUUAGAUCUCCUAGUAACUGCUGUGCUUCUUGAACACCAUGCUAGAUCAGCAGCAGAGUCAAUACUGUACUUCAGUCCUCUUCUGUUUGAAUGAGACUGUAAUACAGCAACAAGAGAAUAAGUCUGCUUAAAGCAUGACCAUACAAUGCUGAAGCCUGCAAUUUGGCAGAAAACCAGAAGUAGACAAAAAACUCAAAAGCAAUUUUGAUUGCUGAAUUGAAACCAACAUAUUUUGAAAAUCGGUGCCUAAGUGAAAUAUGAUUUCAAGGGCUGAAGAUCUGGUAAAGCAUCUCUUCUUCAGGGUACACUAUAAGCAUAAGUCAGGUAGCUGGUAAAUUUAGCAACAGGAUUAAACAAACACAGCUUGUUGCUGCCACAUAACCAAAGUCUAGGAAAAGAUUCUUCAUAAUAGCUGAUAAUUGAAUGGGAAAAUGGUAUAAAAUCUGAGUCCCUGGAUGGAGAGACAUGCCCAGUUUUGCUUUAGAUGCUGGAAAAGGCUAUGAGAGCUGGUUCUAAGUUGCUCAUAUUGUCACAGUAAAUCUUUAAAACUGAUGAAUUUCUAACAGGAAAUCUAACUUAAUGAAAUAUAUGCUACAAUCGAGCAUUCAUUUUAGUUUGAACAUUUUAUUUAUUAGCUUCAUCAUGGAAAGUGAUGUUUCCAUGUUCCUGAAUUAUCCAUUAUUUUAUGAAGUGUUAUUAUAAAGGCUGAAUUCUUCAUCCCACAGACUUUUACAAACAGAAUAGGUUUAGGAUAGGUUUUGGAUUACUGCUAUCAGUUCUGCUAGAAAUCAAUGCAGGAGGCUUAUUUGUUGAUGUUUCCUCCCACAACACACAAAGAAGACCAGCACAGGCAAGAGAUAAUUUAUUGCUAAUACUUCCAAAAUCAAUCCCAAACAAACAAAACAAAAAAACAAGGAGCAAAACCAAGAAAUAAAAUUAUCAUCAGAGAAAAGAAAACAUCAACAAUUGCUAUGUUAUUGGUAAUUAAGAUGUCCAUUUU